GUUAUCGCAAGAUAUAUACAUAUGUAUGUCAAAGUGACAACAUAAUUAGUAGAAAUGAUCUAAAAGCGAAUUGAUAAUGGAUCAAUUUCUGGGAUGUUACUUAGAUGGCUUCAACGGAAGUGCAAGAAAUAGUUUGCAUGAUAGGCGAAAUCGCAAGCAGAUGGUUGACUACAUUAAUACUUUAAUUCAGGGAUGUGCAGGAGCAGCCAAUAACGAUACCGAACAAACAUGCAAAGAGGCAAUCACCACUUUACUGCUACACCACGAUAAAACGAAGAACGCUAACGGUACCGUGUGCAUGAUGGGAAAGUACCACAAUAUUCUGUACGUCGCUGUCAAGUUAUGUUAUUUGUGGCAAUUGCAAGAUGCAGAAUUGGUGUGCAAACUAUUGACAGGAAUUUAUUCAUGCGAGCAAACGUUCGAGCGCAUUUUCAUUGGAGCGAUUUUUGGUACUAAGGCUCCUCAUUUCAUUGCUGGGUGGAAAAGCGAUUUUGAUGAUCAAGAGGAAAAUGUUAGGGGUGUUGUCUAUUUUCUAGAUAAAGCUAACAAAGGAAAACUGAUGCUUCCCGUCUUCCGAAACAGCCUACCAGAAAAUAUUAGGUUCCUAGACAUUCCUAUUGAUAGUUGCGCCAAAGCCUCACCAGUAAAGUUAUGCAUUCAAUUGGGUCUUCCCGACAAAUUACUCAUAUUCCUAAGAUUUGGAGCGCAAAUAACUGAUCUUUCUGAUGAGUUAAGUAAUUUCCAAUAUAUUCUAAACAGACUUUCUGAAUUUAACCACUGCUACCCAUACAAUAUAGUGGCUUGCUUGCAAAUCCUGUUAAGAGUUGUUCCAACAAUAAAUAUAUCAAAAGCUCCAAUAAGCUGUGAUAAAACGGAAUCUAUUCUAAUCAGAGAAAUUGUUGCCGAAACUUAUAAUGACUUGCUGGAAGAUGGUAUUCUACCACGCUCAAGGUGCGGAUUUUUUCCUCCAGAACUAAAGCAUAUUUGCAGAUGCGCUAUUAGGCAACAAUUAUGGAAAAAUUUUGCACUACCAGCUGGAAUACGACAACUUCCAUUACCAGAGAAAAUGUGGAGAUAUUUGGAUAUCCUUGAUGACUAGUUUUUAGUCAUUAAGCUAUCAUUAUGAGGAACAUUUAGAAUCCAAAUGCUUGCUAAGUCGCAGCUUUACUAAGUCAUUUAAACGCUUUCCAAUUUAGCAAUAUCUUCAAUUUCAAAUUUUGCUUUGUAAAUAGUAAAAACACAUAUGAUUAAA